AUGACGUGGUCGUCUCGUGGCGCUGGUGUCUUUGCAUGUUCCUUCAUAACGCUUUUCAUUGCCGCUACGACAGUCGUCCUUCGUUUUAUUUCGAGGGGAUACUUGUGUCGGGUUCUGAGACCUUCGGAUUGGGUUAUCGCUGCUGCUCUUGUACGUAACUUCGUAACAUGUGAUUCUUGUCAGACAAUUUAUUGCUUAUGCCCUUCGACUUCCUCACCACCACCACCACCGCCAUCACAUCCUCAUAUAGCCUCUUCUGUCGUCCAACUAACACCAACCGGAGCCCAGGUAGUCUACAUCAACAUAAUCAUCUACAACAUCACCGCCACCCUCACCAAGCUCUCCAUCCUCCUCAUGUUCACCGACAUUUUCCACAUCUCCACCACCGUCCGCCGCAUCUCCUGGUGCAUGAUCGUCGUCGUCUCGAUAAUUGGUGUCUACAACGUCUUGACAUGCGUCUUUUUCUGCUACCCGAUUUCAAUGAGCUGGACACCUUCUUCUUCUUUCUCUGAGUCUCGGUCUGAGUCUGAUGAUCCGACAACGGCAAAGGGAAACGGAAAUGGAAACGGAAACGGACAUGGUGAUGGUGAUAGUACUGGUGCUGCAACAGAAGGUUGGUGCUUCAACAAGGAACAAAAGUACCUGGCUGAUGCGAGCGUCAACAUUGCCACGGACUUUGUCAUUUGGGCGUUGCCGUUCCCGGUGGUUAGAGGCAUGAAGAGCUUAGGGAGGAAGGAGAGGGGGUGGUUGUUUGGGGUUUUUGGGGUGGGUUUUUUCAUCUGCAUAGUCUCCAUCAUCCGCCUCUACUCCCUCAAACUCUCCGCCACCUCUACGGACCCCUCCUACGACAACGCCCCCGUAACCUGCUGGUCCGCCGUCGAGCUCAACGUCUCCAUCACCAUCGCCUGCCUCAUGACUCUUAAGCCUCUGCUCGCCCGCUUGCUACCUCGUCUUGUCCACGAUAACAACCUCCCCGCAGACGGCGCCGGCGCCGGCGAUAGAGAUAGUCCGCACGAACGAAGGCUGAAGCAGCGCCAGCGACAGAUGAAGGGACGCAAUGGAAACGGGGCUAGACUGCAAAAGAAGAGGAGGUUGUCCGAAAGUUUGGGCCAGGCAGCCGCGGGGGCAGGGAGGAGAAUGAGCGGCGGGGUAAUGAGUGUCAUGAGUGGGAAUCAUGGAAGGAGGAAUUCGCAGGGUUUCGGGUUCGUGGAGAUGAGGGAUUGGGACCAUGAGACUGUCAUGGACACCAAUUUCUCGUCUGAGCAUCCGGCGACGAUCUCGAGUCCGCCGCCACGGAGAGGGAAAGCGGGAAAAGGGGGGUAUGGGAGUACAAGUGAAAGUACAGGUCAUCGCCACAGGCCAAUGGGAAGGGAAGAGGAGGAGGUGUUGGGGAUGACGGGAUUGAGCAGCUUGAAUGGGAGUCGGUGGGAGGAUGACGAGGCUGGGAGUGAUGCUGGUGGUAGUUGGCCGACUACGAGUACUGGGCGCGAUGAGCACGGUAAAGAGGGUGAUGGGCAAGGCAGGAUUGGUCCUGGGCAGGAAAUGGGGAAGGAACUUGAUUUGGGAGAGGGACGAGGGGGCACAGGGUGGAGGAGGGGGGGCGGGGAUGGGUAG